UCUCUCUCUUUCUCUCUCUCUCUCAGAAAAGUUCCUGCCAUGGCUAUGGGGCUCUUCCGGGUGUGUUUGGUGGUGGUGACAGCCAUCAUCAACCACCCACUGCUCUUCCCCCGGGAGAAUGCCACCGUCCCUGAGAACGAAGAGGAGAUCAUCCGUAAGAUGCAGGAACACCAUGAGAAGCUACAACUAGAGCAGCUCCGCCUAGAGGAGGAGGUGGCCCGGUUGGUGGCUGAGAAGGAGGCCCUGGAGCAGAUGGUGGAGGAGGGUCAGCAGCCACCCGAGGCCCACUCAGCCUGGGACCUCUGGAGCACUCUCUGUAUGAUUCUCUUCCUGAUCAUCGAGGUGUGGAGGCAGGACCACCAGGACGGGCCCUCAUCGGAGUGCCUGGCCAGCGAUGAGGAUGAGCUCCCCGGCCUGGGUGGUACCCCACUGCAGGGUCUCACUUUGCCCGAUAAGGCUACUCUGGGCCACUUUUAUGAGCGGUGUAUUCGGGCCUCCACGGCUGAUGUCGCCCGAACCCGGGAAUUUGUGGAAGGUUUUGUGGAUGACCUCCUGGAAGCCCUGAGGAGCCUCUGUAAUCGGGACACCGACAUGGAGCUGGAAGACUUCAUCGGUGUGGACAGCAUGUAUGAGAACUGGCAGGUGGACAGGCCCCUGAUGUGCCACCUGUUUGUACCCUUCACGCCGCCAGAGCCCUAUUGCUUCUAUCCAGAACUCUGGUGCUCCAACCGCUCGGUGCCCCUGGACCGCCAGGGUUAUGGGCAGAUCAAGGUGGGCCGGGCUGACGGAGACCCUCCAGGCUGUAUCUGUGGCAAGACCAAGCUUGGAGAAGACAUGCUGUGUCUCCUCCACAGCAAGAAGAGUGGGGUCCGGCCCAGUGGUGAGGUGGAAGACCUACUGUGUGCCAAAGAGUGUCCCUACCUCGACACCAUGCAGGUCAUGAAGUGGUUCCAGAAAGCCCUCACCAAAGCCUGGCACUGCAUCGCCCACAAGUACGAGUUCGAUCUCGCCUUUGGUCAGCUCAACACCCCAGGAUCUCUCAAAAUCAAGUUCCGCUCAGGGAAGUUCAUGCCCUUCACCUUGACUCCUGUGAUCCAGUGCGAUGACUCGGACUUGUACUUUGUGUCCCACCUUCCCAGGGAACCUUGCGGUAGGAUCCCCAUCUCCAGCACUGAAUGGCUCCUGUCCUUCGCUGUUUACGAGCGACACUUCCUGCGGAUGACAGCGAAGACACUGCCCGAGGGGGCCUGCCACCUCAGCUGCUUGCAGAUCGCCUCUUUCCUGCUCUCCAAGCAGAGCUGCCUGACGGGCCCCAAUGGGUUGAACAACUACCACCUGAAGACCGCACUGCUGCACCUCUUGCUUUCCCGGAGAGCCAAUGACUGGAAGACCUCCCAGCUCGAUGCACGCCUGCACGACCUGCUGUGCUUCCUGGAGAAGAGCCUCCUGGAGAAGAAGCUCCAUCACUUCUUCGUGGGCAACCGUAAGGUACCCGAGGCCAUGGGACUCCCCGAGGCUGUGCGCAAAGCCGAGCCCCUCAACCUCUUCCGGCCCUUUGUCCUGCAGCGAAGUCUCUACCGCACCACACUGGACUCCUUCUAUGAGAUGCUCAAGAACGCCCCGACGCUCAUCAGCGAGUAUUCCCUCCACGUCCCCAAUGACCACGCCGGCCUGCCCCCUAAAGCUGCCGUCCCAUAGAGCGCAUGGGAUUUGAAGGCCAGAAGGGAGAGCAUCCCACAUGGACGCAUCACUGGCGUUCUGCAUCCCCAGAAUGGGAACGCAGCAGCUUGGAAGGGAGCUAGAGCUCAGCCUGCCAGGAAGCCAGGUCCUACAGAGUGGAGGAAACAGAAUAUCAACUGGACUCUGGUUUGCUUUCCUGCCAUGGAUGCCUGUUGGUAAAGCUGCUGCUUGGGUCUGCGGAUAGAUCCUUUUGCAGCUUAUUUUUGGAUCACCAGGAGGGGCCAAGACAAAUGGCACUGGACAUUCUUAUUGGACGCGGGGUUGGAGAGAAUGAAAAUACUGAUUUGAGUGUAAUCUGUUUUGCAUCCCAGGUCCGAUCUAUGUUUGUCCUGUCCACAGAGGAUUGUAGGAAUGCUUUCAGGUUAAGAAUGCUUUCAGGUUAAUGCUUUCAGGUUAAGAUCCAGCAACCUAGUUGCAAAGCACUGGUAGGGACAGGAGUUACAAUUCAUGGCCUUAUACCCUGCCAGACAGGGAGUCCCACGCUUUUCAUACUAUUGGACAGCAGAACUGGGAGAGAUUCUAGGCCCCAGAUGGCUGGUGUCUCCUGUUACACAGAAAUGGGUACUUGGUGGUGUUUCUGGCCACACUUCUCAGUCAGGUACACCAGUGCGCCAUGUUCCAGCACUGUGGCUGCCAUUCACCAAGCUAAGAGUAGACUCAACCACUGACACCGCGCUGUUCUCUCCACAGCUGGUCUCUGAUCUUUGCAUGGUGUGGGGAGGCAAAUGCCAAAGGUGGAGGCCUAUCUAGAGAAAGAGAGGCACAGGGUGACUGGGGCAAAGGACAGAGGCUGAGUCCAGGCAUGCUGGGGUCUUGGUUGCAGCCUGACUCAGUUCAGAGCCAACCUGAGGUGAAUACUACAGUGUCCUUGAGUUGUCCUUGGGACACAGUUCUGGGGCAAGGGGAGCUGCUGUGCCCUCCCCAUCCCUUUCCUCACUCACUGUGUUCACUGCACACAGCCUUCCCUUUACUGGGGAGCCUUAGUACUCAUAAGGAUGACCCAAGCCUAAAGAGCUGGGUACAGGCUGGGAUGACCAGGGAUCAGGUGCAUCCUGUGGAUGCAGCCCCAGCACUGAGGCCAUCUCUGCACUGCUGGAGCCCGUGGGCCUCAGGCAGGCACCAAAGCUGCUUCAGGCCAGAAUCAGAGGUCCAGGAGCCUCUUCUCCUCCACUUGGGUUUCACUGGCCCUUUGGGAUUUCCUCAGCAUCUCCUCACGGUCCUUUGUCACGUGUCAAGGAGGAGGGAGGGUUGCUGAUCUCACCUAAAGAUGGGGCCUCCUUUCCUAGCAGCCCCGGCAUGCCCUCACCUGGCUGCAGGAAAUUACCCAGGUUUAAUUCAUGGUGGAGGGGCUCAGCUUGCAUCAGGGCAAUGAAGCCUGUGGGAAGUUCCCUGGGCAUGCAGGAAUUAAGUUCGACUGAGCAUGCGUGGCUGGCCUCUCCCAGGCUC